AUGUUUCGAAUUCUUGAAUCACAAGCUCCGGCCAAACAAACGGCAACGGACACAAUCGAUGUUCUGAGCAGUAGGCUGCAGAAUGCGACUCUCUUGGAAGAUCGGCGGGCCGCGAUCCAGGGUCUCAGAAGCUUUGCAAAGCUAUAUCCCGCGUCAGUUGCCUCUGGUGGUCUACGAUCAUUGAUCAGCAGUCUGCAAAAUGACGGCGAGGAUGUGGACACCAUUAAGGUGGUCCUCGAGACUCUAUUGAUGCUUUUCACGCCAGAUGAGUCUAGCCCUGAAGCAUCGGAUGAGAUUGCUCUGUGGCUCGCGGACUCGUUUACUCAGCGACAAGACAAUAUCACCACCCUCCUUGAUCUCCUUGAAGCCCGAGAAUUUUACUCUCGUCUGUAUUCUCUUCAAUUGAUUUCCCAUAUCUGCAGCGCACGACCGGAACGAACACAAGAGUGUAUUUUCACAGCGCCGUUAGGCAUAUCUAAACUAGUCAACGUUCUUACCGACUCGAGGGAACCUGUGCGAAACGAGGCUCUCGUCUUGUUAAUUGCUCUCACGCCUACCUCGGAAGAAUUGCAGAAGCUCGUGGCCUUCGAGAACGCGUUUGAAAUACUACUCGAUCUUAUCAAUAAGGAGGGGGCAUUGAGUCUUGGAACCGAGGUCGUCGAAGAUUGCUUGUCCCUCUUGGCUCAUCUACUAAGAUUCAAUGUCUCUAACCAAUCGUCUUUUCGCGAAACCGGUUGUGUCAAAAAGGUCACGCAUCUUCUUCAUGAGUGCCAGCAAGAACCAGAGGGUGACGAACCGCUACCACAGUGGACUUUGGUCCACCGAGACAAGAAUGUUUGGGGAAUUCUGGCUAUCAUCCAAUUGUUCUUGAUCCGUGGUGGUGUGAGCACCCCUAUAAAUCAAACCGCAUUCUGGCAAAAUGGUGUAACAGAACAAGUUCUAAGCAUUGCAUUCGGCCAAAGAUUUAGUGUCGGCGUAACCGCAAAGGCAUUGUCCACCUGCGCAGAUCUUAUUCGUGGCAAUUCACCAUUGCAAGAAAGAUUCGGUGACAUUGAAGUCUUGUGGGGCUCGCAUACCCGCGGUGAUGUGGACACCAAUGGCGAUUCCAAAGAACCUUUACGAAUCAAUGUCAUUGAGGCAUUCCUGAAACUCAGCCUCGAGCCUGCCCCAAACAACCUGCUAGACGCCCGCCUUGCCGCUUGUGAAUGUAUGAAAGCAUUCUUUGCUCACCAUCCGGGAAUUCGCAUGCACGUGCUCAGGCGAGCCAUUGAGGGUCACAUUAGUGGACAAGAUGCCAUCCCCAACAUUUUAUCGGUGUUGCUCACUCCGUCCGAGUUGCGGGGAAAUGCCGACCCAUAUCAGGUGUGGAUGGCCUGCGUUCUGAUGUUCCAUCUGAUUUUCGACGAUGGCGAGGCGAAAGCAACCGCCAUGAAGGUUACUGAAGGGGACGCUGAAAGUGGAGAAGAAGUUGUCACAAGCGUACAAUCAGUGGUUGGCAACCUCAUCACUGGACUACAGCGCGGUGAUGAUGAAAGAAUCACAGUCGGUUACCUGAUGUUACUCUGCGGCUGGUUGUUUGAGGACCCAGAUGUUGUCAAUGACCUCCUAGGAGAGGGCAGCAGCAUUCAAACCUUGCUCCAGGAAAUCAAACACCAACGCGCACCCAGCAAGCUGGUACCCGGCCUUUGCACGGUCCUCCUGGGUAUUAUAUAUGAGUUUUCUACAAAAGACUCACCAAUCCCUCGGCUUACGCUCCACAAACUACUCAUGGAGCAACUCGGCAGAGAACAGUAUAUUGACAAGAUCACGCGGCUUCGAGAGUGUCCUCUGGUUAGAGACUUUGAGGUCUUGCCCCAGAAUGCCGCCAGUCAACCUGAAGGAGGACUACCAGAGGUUUUCUUCGAUCGUGCAUUUGUUGAAUUCCUCAAGGAUAAUUUCAGCCGCCUGCUGCGUGCUAUUGAUCGCGAACCUGGCUUCGAGAUUUCGGUCAUUGCCAACGGCGUGGAAAAGGGGAUCUCUCGCGAGCUUGUGGACUCUUUGCGCGCUGAGAUUGAAGAUAGGACUCAAACCCUUCAAAAGUUGGAGUCCGACCUUGUGGACAUCCAGAGAAAGCUCGAUCAGGAGCAACUGGACCAUCGGAAAACAAAAGAAUCUGGCACUGUGGAGCUGUCAAAGGUCCAGCAGUCGAGCCAAUCUCUUCAACGAAAUCAUGCGCAGGAGCUUUCUCGGCAACUGGCGAAUUUGGAAGAUCAACACAACCGUUCCAGAAAGGAACUACUGAAGCAGCAUAGCGAGCAGCUUCUAGUCCUGGAAAACCAACUCAAGCAGGCCUCGGCUGCAGCCGAAGGCAAUACUAAGCAGGCGAACCAAGCCAAGGAAAAUCAUGAGCGAGAAACGUCCGUUCUACAGCAGAAAAUUCGUGGCAUGGAGGCGGAACUUGCUCGUAUCCGUGGCCAGCACACAGUAGAGAUUGCGGAUCUCAACAAAAAAGUUCAAGAGCUGAAAAGCAAUAUCGGCCAAUUGAAGACCACGCACGCCAAUCAGGUGGUUGAUCUCGAAAAGAAGAUUCAGGUUCUCGAAGGCAUCAAAGCAACCAAUGAUGGCCAAGUUGUUGACCUGAACAACAAGACCAAGGAAUUACAAAAGAGUAUCGAUCAGUCGAAGAAUACUCAUAGCGCAGAGGUCGCUAGCCUUCAAAAUAAGAUCAAUGAUCUUGAGGCAGCUAAGGAAUCCCACAACGGGCAAGUCACGAGUCUUGAAAAGAAUAUUCAAGAUCUGGAGGCCACCAAGAGAUCUCAGGCUGAGCAGGCUAAAAGCCUCGAGCAGAGUAUCCAGGAUCUAGAGGCAACUAAGAAAUCCCACGAUGGGCAAGUUGCCGAACUCAACAAGAAGCUCUCGGAAUUCCAAAACAUCAAGGGAGCCCACGCCGAAUUUGCGGAGAAAGUUCAGACUCUGGAAUCAACGCUGGCCACAACCAAACAGCAACACGAAAAGGAUAUCAGCGAUCACAAGAGCAAAAUCACUACUUUAGAAACCAGCCUCUCCACAGCCACAAAGGGUCAUGAGGCUACAACAAAUGCCCACAAGGAUGAGGUGGGAACUCUGGAAUCAAACUUGAGAAAGGCCAAAGAGGAACAUGAGGUGGAGGUUUCCGCCCUGAAGAAGUCUGUUGCAAGCCUUGAAUCAGAGCUUGCCCAAGCCCAGAAGUCCAGCAAGGACCUUGAGACAGCUAAUGAAGGCACCGCUUCUCAAACCUCUGCACUGGAAGCACGAGCCAAGGAAGCAGAGGCCAAAGCCAAUGAAGCAGAGGCCAAAGCCAAUGAAGCAGAGGCCAAAGCCAAGGCGGCCGAGUCCCAUGCUCGCGCUGCCGCGGAAGCUCUGAAGGCUGUUCAGGAACAACUUGAAAAAGCCAAUGCGGAUGCCAAAGAAAAGGAGGAAGCUCGCCAGUCGGCACAAUCAGAACUGGAAGACCUACUCAUUGUCUUUGGAGACCUAGAGGCUAAGAGAACUGACGAUAAGAAACGCCUUAAGGAGCUUGGAGAGGAGGUUUCUGAGGCCGAGGAUGAGGAUGAUGAGGACGAGGACGAGGACGAUGAAUGA